AAGAAGAAGAAACUGUCAUAGUAUGCAUUUGGUUCAACUCAGCUGGUUAUUUGUUUUAUAGAAAAAUAUAAAUUAUUUUAUAAAAAUAAUUGUGCUGAAUGAAAGCGAACUGAAAAAAAGCUUUCAGAGUUAAAUUAAGUAAUUGGCUAUCUGCUGCACCAAUUAAUUAUUUUCGAUGCAAUGAAUUUCCUGCGACAAACAUUCAGCGUUACGAAACAGUUGACACAAAAAGUUAUCAAUGGCAACCUACUACAGACCAUCCAAAGUGGCAGCCUAUUCGAGCCGGCUUGUCGUAUGGCCUCACUAAACCAAAUGCAUCGUACUGGUCCACACUUUAAGAAGCGACCACCACGUCAACCACUCGAUGGAAAACCCUUCGCCAAGGGUGUUGUACUUAAAACACUCAUCAAGAAACCAAAGAAACCCAAUUCGGCGAAUCGUAAAUGUGUAUUAGUGCGUUUAUCUACAGGCAAGGAAAUGGUCGCUUAUAUACCCGGCGAAGGACAUAAUUUACAAGAGCACAAUAUUGUACUCUGUCGAGUGGGACGUUUGCAGGAUGUGCCUGGUGUGAAAUUGAAAUGCGUACGCGGCGCAUAUGAUUUGGGGCAUGUUAUCAAGAAAUAAUUCGUAGAACCUAUUCCCUAAAAUGAUAUGUUUAAAUAAAUAAAUAAAUAAAUAUGUAUAUUUUAACAAAGCAAA